UACAUUUAUAAUUGUAAACGGUAAUCUUCGUUGUACACGUGGUCCCAGUUGUGGAGGUCGCUUGCUGUCCUAUAUAACACGGUUCUGCGUUGAGACUCCUUACUACCCGACUUAAGCGCAAACCGCUAACAAGCCAUAAGCAAUUCAGUCGCCGACGAACGGCCAGUGCGUGCGACCAGUCCCGUGUCUGUGAGUGACAAGACAAACACACCAUGACCAGAUACGUCUAUAUCGCGUUAGUAGUGUGCGCGUGCGCAGUGUUGGCGACAGCAGAUUACAACUUGGGUCUAGGUUUCUCUGACGGUUACCUAACAACCAAUUUUGGUUCACCAACUCUUAAUGCUCUUUCCUCGGCUGGUGCUAGAGAUCCCAGAGCAAACAGAGAUGUUACAGGCCCUGUCGUAUUCCCUCCAUCACCUCCCGGGGAUCCUUCCCAGACCAGUGGCGUUGUUGUUGGAGCUUCAGGUUAUGGCUUCCAACCCCCCGGCGCCCAAGGUCCAGUCGUCCCAAGAUAUUUCUACAGAGGAUUCUAUAGAAGAAAAUGAGAACACACAUCGUUAAUUAAGUUUACUUAUAUGAUAUAUGUAUCUAUGUUAUUUAUAUACCACCCUGUAUACAUUUUAAUAUAACUGGUAUCGUAGAGGGUAGUACAACUAACCAACUUGUAAAUAUUUGUAAACUGUGAUAUGUGUGUAUGUUAAAUCUAAAAUAGAAUGCAAUAGAAUUGAUAAUACGGUGUGCAUUGUAAUAAAUUAUUUGUACGUUUGAUGCAUUGAACAGUGAAUAUUGUUAAUGUAAAUAUAUUAU